AGUCCAUACAUAGUGGCAAGAAAAUGGAGAAGAAAAUGAGGGGUUUGUCUGCGUUGGCUUUUGGGUUCGUGAUUUUGAUCUUGAGUGCGUGCCAUUCAGAGGCCAUGACAUGCCCCGAGGCCCUACUGAUUUUGCUGCCUUGCAAGCCGUUCGUGGAGGGUGCUGGCCCUGACUCGCCAGGCCUUCUCUGUUGUCUAGGUGUUCAAAAACUUACCCAAGAGGCUUCCACCCCUGAAACACGCAGGGUUGUUUGUCAAUGUGUGAAGAAUGCUGCACAAGAAUUUCAUAUUGAUCUUGGCAAAGCUAAACAGAUUCCCCAACUUUGCCAUAUCAAUGACCCUAUACCAAUUGACCCCGAAGUGGACUGCAGCACAAUUCCAUGAUCCUACAUGAAGAGGUUGUAGAUGCUGAAAAAUUUCGUAGCAAAUCUUGGUUUUUGCCAUUCUAUGUAUGCCUGAAUAAAAUUAUGAGUAUGAAUCAAAAGCUUUUCCAGUUUCUUUGGAUUCUCUUGCAAGUAUAUUUUAUACUUUUUAAAGUAUUAAGGGUCAUACUUGCACCAAAUAGUUGAACGGGGGACAAGCUGGGAAAUGAGGAAUAUAGAUGCCAGCAUUAUAAACAUGUGUAUGGAUGAGUAAAUGUGCACAUGAAUAUAUAAAUUAAUACAUUUUAUGAUGCCAAAG